GCUACCUUACCUUACCUUUGCACGCCCUGACAGUCCGCUGCCGAAAUUCGCCCAUCACAAUAAUCUCUCACUCCGCAUCAGAUAUUGCAUCACUCUGAACCCUCAAAUCACCAAAUCAUCAUACCCUCUUCGCCUUGCCUGUCCCUGAUUGCCAGCCUCGUCGCAUCAAGCUACCCAGCCACUGACAGAGCCCUCGACGCAGUACGCAGUACGCAGUAGUGCAGCCCGAUCGGAGCCAGUCCUACGGUUACUCCGUAUUCCGUACAGACACUCCCGUCCUGUCUGUCCCAUCUCCCACCAUCUUCCAUUCUGACUGGGCCAUCAACUGCGACCGGCACCGACCGCCGACCGACCGACUCGACUUGACCUUCCUCGACAUCACCACAACCACCACCACAACCCACUCCCCUCUUCACCCCGUGAGACGUACAAAGAACCAUCGCAACAACGGCAUCGACGAACACAACCUCAACCUCUGGCGCCAAACACCGCACCACCUACUAGUACUACAGCACCGCAUCCAUCUCCUCUCCAACUGGCGAAGCAACCUACCUGCCUCCGACGACAGCUCCUCCCUUCUUUCUGUCGACCGAAUCAUCGACAUCUGUUCAUGCAAACAUCACCAUCGCCACACCAUCAAUAGCCUUCCCACCUGUCCUCGGAUGCGCUUUGCAUCUUCCUGCUGCUAUGGCACUCCAGUAUUCAGCAGAGGUCCUCAUUCACCUGCGAGAAUCACCGCUAUGCAUCAAACCAUCUGCUUUACCGCCCGCUGAAGAAUGGAUGGGGCCACCUCCCGAUAACAAUCGAACCCAGACCAACGUCACCAAACCCACCACUGACAGAAGAAGCCACGAUAAUCCCUUGCUUGAUCAGACAAAUCGUCGCCCUGGCGUUGACCGCCACGUCUCGCGAAACAGCGCCAACCCCGAAGACAUUAUUCUUGGACCUCCUCGGACCGCCUUCGCCUCUGCGACCCUGCGCAAUGGCAAACCUUUUGAUAAUGAGAAGGGCCUCAAGGACGCUGACUCGCCCAGUCGCUUCAAUUUCCGCAAUCGCAACGGUGACACCCCCGAAGGCGACCGCUUCCGCGAUUCGAGAAACACAAACUUUGGUCGUCGUCGCGGCGACGGUGAUCCACAGGAUCAGGAGGGAUGGAGUACAGUGAAGCCGCGCAAGAGCUUCGGGCAUGAGGGCGCCGAGCGCUUCCAAGGUCGCAUGGGCGCUGGUGGUGGUGAUAGGCUUCCCAAUGAGCGCCGUCCCCGUGACCGCGACGACCGCGAGGGCCCUAGAGACCGUACCCACCGCACCUUCGACCAUCACGACAAGGAGCAUGACCAUGAGGAAGCUGAGCCGCGGCCCCGCAAUGGCCUUAGCAGGGGCAAGUCGGAGCCCUGGUUCAAGAACGACAACAGCACCGCCAGUAACAAUACCAACAGUGCCAACACUCCUGAGAAGCCUCCUUUGACGGCUCGCGAGCGCAUUGACCGGGCCAAGAGCUGGAGAGACCGGAACCGGGAGGCUGAGCCCGUCGAAGAAAAGAGCACUGGCAGGAACUAUGAGCGUCGCUGGGAGCGCGGCGAACAUAGACAAGAGCGAGAGCCCGAAUGGUUCGAUGAACCUGCCGGAGAAAAGGCAGGAGGCCACACGGAAGAGGAUUUCAAGAAAUUCAUGGAAAGCAUGAAGGCAAGUCGCGACGGUCCUGCCGAGGACAAAGCGCCAGCUGCCGCAGUCGAGGCUGCAAUCAAAGCCGAGCAGCCAGCUGUUGCUUCUGCACCCGCUGUGGAGAUUGGCCCCGACCAAUUCUUCCUCAAGUUCGCUUCUACUGCUGGCUUGGACGUCAGCUCCCCGAGCGAGCCCAAGAGAGAGACUCCUUCCAAGUCUAAGGCAGGCGGUGGCAAGUCCUCUCGGUUUACCUCAUUCUUCAAUGCCCCCCAAGAUGACCCCACCCAACGAAUGAAGACGGAGCCUUCAACGCCCAUGGCAGGCCUUCCUUUCGGUGGCCCUGAUCUAUCUGGGCCGGCUCCCGACAAUGAGAAGCAAGCUUUCCAAGCAUUGCUCAUGAAGCUGCAGCGUUCAAAUCUUCAAUCAGCCACGCCACCUGCUUCCCAACCAUUCCAGGAACCUCCCCCGCCUGUUCGCGAGCAUGCUCCUUCUAGCUCCGUCGCCUCGCCCGAGCCAUUCCAACAGUAUGGCGGCGAGCGCAGAGAGGACCCCCGCCCUCGCAUGCCGCAGGGAUCCAUGUCCAUGUCAGAUAUUCUUGCCCCGCGUCCAACGAUGCCUCACCAGCAGCAGCCGCCUGCUGCUCGUCAAGACCAACUGCUCCAGGAGCUAGUCGGACAACGCCACCAGGCUUCAAGCCAGGGAUCCGGCCGAAUGGAACCAAACCAAGGCCGCAACAUGAGCAACACCGAGUUCUUGAUGAACUUGAUGAGGAACCAGCCCGAGCCCCCACGAACGGAACAGCAACUCCUCAUGCGCAUGCCGCAACCUCAGCGCGCCGCUCAGAUCCCGCAUGCUCCAGACCGCGAGCCCGACUUUCAGCAGGGACUUCCGCAGGGCGGCCGUGGUACUCAGCGCCAGAUGCGUGGUCAAGGCCCGCCUGGCUUCAUGGAUGAGGGUUUCCACCACCCUGAGCCAGAAGCGCGCAUGCAACCCACGCAGAUCUUGCAACGUCCGCCCCCGCCUCCCGGUUUGGAUCAAAUGAACCCCAACUGGAUCCAGCAGGGCGGCGGCGGUCCUCCCAUGCCCCCUCAACAGAGAUCCAUCAUUCCGCCUCCUGGUCUCGCUGGUGGUCCUGGCCGCAAUCACCCAAUGGCCGCUAUGUUCCCCCCGAACUUUCCCCCUGGAGCCUUCCCUCCCCCUGAGGCCAUGGCAGGUCCCCCGCCACGCAACAUGCCUCCUCCCCCGGGCUUCUUCGGUGGACCCCCUCCCGGAUUUAUCCCUCCUCCCGGAAUGCCUGGCUUCCCUGGUCCGGGUGGACCCGACGGUCAUGGCUUCCCCUUUGACGGACGUAUGCCUCCCGGCGCCGCUCAGGCGUUCCGGAGACAGUAAACUGCCCACAUUAUGGGAAUAUUAUCGGCCUCUUUAGUAGAGGCUAUACUUCCGUAGCAUUUCAGCUGCUACAUUUACCUUGCUCGAGUCUCUCACCAAAUGUUCAGAUGUGUGUCUUUGAAAAGGGCAUGUUAUGAAACACUAUAAACGUAAAUGUCGGUAUAACGACAUGUUGCUUGUCGGAUUUGCUGGACUAGCACCCAACCACUCACCUCGAAUACCAGACUUAUCCUCAAAUGUGGGAGGAGCCCAGUCUAUCAGCUUCGCACGGGCGAGGCAUCGCCUCAACUACCUCGAUGAGGUUAUACGUUUAUGCGAUACGUUUCCUACGCUCAUGAGUGGAGGGAACUAACAACUAAGCAGACAUGUUUGUUUUGGCUCAGGCCCUCAACGGAAGGGCUCUGUGUCCUCUCAGAAGACAAUGGUUCUCGGCGAUGGUACAAUCAAGAGCAGAAAACAAGGGUGGCGAGUUUCUGAGGAAGGGGGGAGUGGGAUAGGAUAUCCCUCAUGUUACCUUUAGUCUACCGCGG